AUGGCGCGGCCGGUCCGGGGAGCGUUCGGGGCCCCGCGCCGCCCGCCUGGGCUUUUUUGGCUGCUGGUGCUGGUGCUGCGGCUGGAGCUGGCGAAGGCUGCGGCUCCGCGCUCGCCCUGCGCCGCUCCCUGCACUUGCGCCGGGGACUCGCUGGACUGCGGCGGGCGCGGGUUAGCGGCGCUGCCCGGGGACCUGCCGGCCUGGACGCGGAGCCUAAACCUGAGUCACAACAAACUUUCUGAGAUUGACCCUACUGGCUUUGAAGACUUGGUGAAUCUACAGGAAGUGUUCCUCAAUAACAACGAGUUGACAGCCAUACCUUCCCUGGGUGCUGCAUCAUCUCAUGUCGUCUCUCUCUUUCUGCAACACAAUAAGAUUCGCUGCGUGGAUGGGAGCCGGCUGAAGGCCUACAUUUCCUUAGAGGUGCUGGAUCUGAGUUCGAACAACAUCACGGAGAUCCACAGCACCUGCUUUCCGCACGGACUGCACAUUAGGGAGCUCAACCUGGCAAGCAACCGGAUUGGCACCCUAGAGUCGGGAGCAUUUGAUGGUCUGUCACGGUCACUGGUAAUGCUUCGCCUGAGCAAAAACAGGAUCACCCAGCUUCCUGUGAAAGCAUUCAAGCUACCCAGGCUGACACAACUGGACCUCAGUCGGAACCGGAUUCGGCUGAUUGAGGGCCUGACGUUCCAGGGGCUCGACAGUUUGGAGGUGCUGAAGCUUCAGCGAAACAACAUCAGCAAGCUGACCGACGGGGCCUUCUGGGGGCUGUCCAAGAUGCACGUGCUGCACCUGGAGUACAACAGCCUGGUGGAAGUGAACAGCGGCUCGCUCUACGGCCUCACCGCCCUGCACCAGUUCCACCUCAGCAACAACUCCAUCUCUCGGAUCAACCGGGACGGCUGGAGCUUCUGCCAGAAGCUGCAUGAGCUGGUUCUGUCCUUCAACAACCUCACCCGGCUGGACGAGGAGAGCCUGGCCGACCUGAGCAGCCUGAGCAUCCUGCGCCUGAGCCACAACGCCAUCAGCCACGUCGCCGAAGGCGCCUUCAAGGGGCUCAGAAGCCUUCGGGUUCUGGAUCUGGACCAUAACGAGAUUUCGGGCACAAUAGAGGACACCAGUGGCGCUUUUACGGGGCUCGAUAGGCUCAGCAAGCUAACUCUGUUUGGAAACAAGAUCAAGUCCGUGGCUAAGAGAGCAUUCUCGGGGCUGGAAGGCCUGGAGCACCUGAAUCUUGGAGGGAAUGCAAUCAGAUCUGUCCAGUUUGAUGCCUUCAUGAAGAUGAAGAAUCUUAGAGAGCUCCAUAUCAGCAGUGACAGCCUCCUGUGUGACUGCCAGCUCAAGUGGCUGCCCCCGUGGCUACUGGGAAGAAUGCUGCACGUCUUCGUGACGGCCACCUGUGCCCACCCGGAAGCGCUCAAGGGCCAGAGCAUCUUCUCUGUGCCACUGGAGAGUUUCGUGUGUGAUGACUUACCAAAGCCGCAGAUCAUCACACAGCCAGAGACGACUGCGGCCGUGGUGGGCAAGGACGUCCGCUUCACGUGCUCAGCAGCGAGCAGCAGCAGUUCGCCCAUGACGUUUGCCUGGAGGAAGGACAGUGAGGUUCUGGCCGAUGCCGACACGGAGAACUUCGCACACGUCCGUGCACAGGACGGGGAGGUGAUGGAGUACACCACCAUCCUGCACCUCCGUCGCGUCACGUUCGGGCACGAGGGCCGCUACCAGUGUGUCAUCACCAACCACUUCGGCUCCACCUACUCGCACAAAGCUCGGCUCACUGUGAACGUGUUGCCGUCAUUCACCAAAACGCCCCACGACAUUGCCAUCCGGACUGGCGCCAUGGCCCGCCUUGAGUGCGCUGCCGCUGGCCACCCCAACCCCCAGAUCGCCUGGCAGAAGGAUGGAGGCAUCGAUUUCCCUGCUGCUCGCGAACGACGUAUGCAUGUCAUGCCAGAUGACGACGUGUUUUUCAUCACUGACGUGAAAUCAGAUGACAUGGGGGUUUACAGCUGUACUGCCCAGAACUCGGCCGGCUCCGUUGCAGCUAACGCCACGCUGACUGUCUUAGAAACCCCGUCCUUGGUGGUGCCCUUGGAGGACCGGGUGGCGUCCAUGGGGGAAACAGUGGCUCUCCAGUGCAAAGCGACCGGAAGCCCUCCCCCGCGCAUCACCUGGCUCAAGGGGGACCAGCCUCUGAGCCUCACUGAGCGGCACCACUUCACCCCCGGCAACCAGCUGCUCGUCGUUCAGAACGUGGUGGUGGAGGACGCGGGCCAGUACACCUGCGAGAUGUCCAACACCCUGGGCACGGAGCGUGCGCACAGCCAGCUCAGCAUCCUGCCCACGCCGGGCUGCAGGAAGGACGGGGCCACCGUGGGCAUCUUCACCAUUGCGGUGGUGUGCAGCAUCGUCCUGACGUCCCUCGUCUGGGUGUGCAUCAUCUACCAAACCAGGAAGAAGACUGAGGAGUACAGCGUCACCAACACAGAUGAAACCAUUGUGCCACCAGAUGUUCCGAGCUACCUCUCCUCGCAGGGGACCCUUUCUGAUCGGCAAGAAACCGUGAUCAGGACUGAGGGGGGCCACCAGGCCAAUGGGCACAUCGAGAGCAAUGGUGUCUGUCCAAGAGACGCAAGCCACUUGCCAGAGGCGGACGCUCGUGGCAUUCCGUGCAGGCAGCCGAGGCUCUGUGGUGGAUACAGUACGGAGCCCUGGAAAGUGACGGGAAAAGCUGGCGGUACACCUGGUCCACAGAAGAUAGAGCACAGUGGCCCUCUCGGAGGUGGUGACUACAACACGGAUACGGACAGUUACUCCCAGGAACAAGCCUGUCCUCAGCCUGUGGCCAGAGACAGCAGACACCCAAGUACGCAGAGCAGCCAGGAGCCCAGUCGGAGCCCCCAGGAUUAUUCCCCCCACCAUCUGACCACUGAGACUGUGGAGGGGUCCCUCUACCCCAGCAACCAUGACAGAAUGGCAAAGAAAAAGCUUACGGCACCACCGGAUGGGAAAGGGGCCUGGCCUUCGGCAAGGCCGCGUGAGCCAGACUCCAGGGGCCUGCAGCUCUCCCCUGCGGUGACGCCAGGUAACCCCGCGCCCACAGGAGCCGCCUCAGGCUUUCCUGGCGCCCCUACUGAAGGCCGGCACCUGCUUCUCCCAAACGGACAGCUCCCCAAAGCUUGUGCCUCCAGUCCCGAGUCCGCACCACUGACAGCACAGCCCCCCGGGAAGCGGAGCGUGCCGCUGCUGUUUGCACCAAAAAGCUGAACUUUGUCUACCUCCGCUCCUGGCGAUCUCUACAGGAGGAGGUAGGAGAGGCCGUGAGGCAGCGCGGCUUCAAGCGUCACUGAUCUGUGCAUAGUUGUCACUUCCAUGUGGAGUAGCAGUAGUUUAAAGGCCUUGCACCUGAAGCACAGAAAUGCAGGAGGCUGGCAUGUACAAAAGGCAGGGAAGUAUUUGAUACCAUUGUACAUAAGAGUUUUCAGAGAUUUCAUAUAUAUAUUAUAUAUCUUUGACAGAGGCUAUUUUAAUCUUUAGUGCAUGGUUAACAAAUCCUACAAUUUUGACAAUAUUAUUUUUCGUAUCAGGUUGCUGUUUAAUUUUGGAGAGGGCGGGGGGGCUACUUCUGGUGCCUUAAUGCACGGAUGGCAUUUAUAGAAGCUAAAAACCAUAUUUGUUCCCAGGAGUUUUUGGUGGAUGAGAAGGACAGGGAGUCCUUGGAGUAGACCUGCACUUUGGAGGCCCGGCCCCUUAGGGUGCUUUCCAGUCAGAGUCGGUGCACAGGGAGCCCAGGCGCAACAUGGACCUGUGCAGGGAGGGGCUCUUCCUGGUAGGUUUAAGUUCCUUCUCGAGCAAAGUAGAACCAGAGGUCUUAACCCGUCACAAGCAUUGGUUCUGAAGGGUUAAGCCCUGCCUUUCUUCUAGAUAAAAGCAGAUGUGGUAAUUGUCAUUUGAGGCUUUUUAAUAAGAUAUAGAGGCUGCUGGUGUUGGUACCUGUGGAUUUUUCAGUAGUAAUGUUUUGGUUUGCCAAUAGAAUUGGUAAUAAUUUGGCCUUGGGGGAGAAAAAGUUCCGGUCCCUACCUUUUAGGCUGGCUCCUCUCUGCUGAGGAUGUGUAGCAAGUCUGUCCAGUCUUCCCUUCACACAGACAGACCUAGUCUUGGACUAGACAAGAUUUAGUCCCCCAUCUGGCUAUAUUUGCACUUUUGAGACCUGUAGCUAACCAUCUUGUGAGUGCCAAUGUGUAAUUUCAGGAAAAACUACAUUGAAACAAACAAGGUCCUUAAAAUCUCAGAAAGCAAGUUCCUUUAGCCAAAAAGCUGAAGGUAGGUAUUGAUAAAAUGGUUAACCUAUGUUAAGUAUCACUGUUCUAAAGGCUAAGCACAUUUAGAAGUUUGUUCUCAACAGUCAGCUGAUUGUUACUUCCACAAAAUAUGUGAAUUUGCUGCUUCUGAGAGGCAAUGUGAAAGAGGAAGUAUUACUUUUAUGUACAGAGUUAUUUAUUUAUAGAAAUUUUGGUACAAUGUACAUUGGAAAACAUGUAAAAUAUUGGAGUGUCUAACAAAUGGCAUUGAAGUGUUUUUAAUAAAGGUUCAUUUAUAACUGUU